GCCCUCCGUCAGGAAUUGGAUUUUGGGGCUUACCUGGGCCUGGCUGCUCACCUGGUGCCUCUCAGGGGGGGUCACAACCCCAACCUGGCCCGGGGCCUCAGUGCUCACCUGCACAGCGGCCACCACGCCACUCAGAAAGGGUUCCCAGUGCUGGGCAGGGGCCACCAGCGCCUGCUGGGACAGCUGCUCAAGCUGGACGUGCAGAUCAUCGUGCAGGGCUCCCCUCACCACGGGGGGCGCCCCCUCUCAGCUUACCUGCAGUACCUGGAGCACCUGGGCCAGCACCGGCCGCCGCCCUCGGCCUACGAGCUCUACGCCCGCGGCUACGAGGAUUACCUGCAGAGCCCGCUGCAGCCCCUGAUGGACAACCUGGAGUCUCAGACCUACGAGGUGUUCGAGAAGGAUCCCAUCAAAUACUGCCAGUACCAGCAGGCGAUCUUCAGGUGCCUCCAGGACCGAGUGCCCGAGGGGGAGNNNNUUCCCCAUUCCAGGGUGGUGAUGGUGCUGGGGGCGGGGCGGGGCCCCCUGGUGGCCGCCGCGCUCCGCGCCGCUCGCCAGGCGGGGGCCCGGGUGAGGCUCUACGCCGUGGAGAAAAACCCCAACGCCGUGGUCACGCUGGAGAACUGCCAGUGGGAGGAGUGGGGCUCGCAGGUGUCGGUGGUGCCGCGGGACAUGCGGGGCUGGGCGGCCCCCGAGCCCGCGGACCUGGUGGUGUCGGAGCUGCUGGGCUCCUUCGGGGACAACGAGCUGAGCCCCGAGUGCCUGGACGGGGCCCGAGGGUGCCUGAAAGCUGACGGGGUUUCCAUCCCCCAAUCCUACACUUCUUUCCUGGCUCCCGUUUCCUCUUCCAAACUUUACAACGAAGUCCGGGGGUGUCGGGAGCACGACAGGCACCCCGAGUUGGGAAUCGUGUCAGACCCGUGCCCCGAUAACGGGCGCCACGCCCAGCUCACCUGGCGGGUGCAGGUGGGCACCGUCCUGCACGGCUUCGCCGGCUACUUCGAGACACGCCUCUACGAUGAC